AUGGGGGAAUCAAAGCUCGGCCUUUUGCUGCUCCUGACCACGUUUGCCUUGGCUUCUGCCCAAGAUGAGGAUCAUCCCACAUGUUUGCUGGCCAAGCGGUACAAGACCUUACACAAGUAUGAAUACCUAUACGAAGCUGAGUCCAUGAAUGCAAUCAAUGGAGCCUCGCAGCUCAAGAAUGGACCUAGGGCCUCUUGCAAGGUGGAAAUCGAAGUGCCUCAGACUUGCAGCUUCAUUGUCCGCACCACCGGCUGUACCCUGAGCGAGGUGGCUGACAUGGAUGCAGAGGGCAGCCCUGUGUACAGACCGGCAGCAGGCUCCGACGCCUUCGAGGCUGAGAUGGAGAGAUACCCUCUCAAGGUCGUGGUUGACGGUGUGUAUGAUGUUCAACUUUACCCUGAGGAGGGUGAGACCACAACCAUCCUGAAUAUCAAGAGGGGUAUCAUCUCUGCCCUGGCUGUUCCUCUACUGGAGGAACAAAAGAACAAGAACAUGCCCACAAUCCAUGGCAUGUGCAAGACCCAUUACUCUGUCAAUGCGAGACAGGACAUUGCUACUGACAUCAGCCUCACCAGAGAUCUGUCCAGAUGUGACAAAUUCAUACCCAUGAGAGACCACACCAGCCCCUUGGCUCUUAUCUCUGGCAUGCACUACCCUCUUUCUCAGCUGGUCAGGAGCUCCCAGACCUGCAACUACAAAUUUGACAAUGAGAACAAGCACAUGACCUCUGGUGCCUGCAUGGAGAAACACAUCCUGGUGCCCUUCUCUCACAAGGGAGAAUAUGGAGUUACCAAUGUUGGCAAGCAAGCUCUGACUCUGAUGGAAGUCUCUGCUUACAAUGACAGGGUUUUUGACUACAAUGAGGCCAAUGUCAGGGGUCUGCACAUGGAGGCUCCUGAGGACAAAAAUGUUAUCCAGGAUAAAGAUGCUGGUCUGGCUCUUCUGGGAGAACUGGCAAAUCUGCCUGAGACAGAGGGAGAGAGGAGGGCUCACCUCUUCCAUAAGCUUGUGAGCAUGCUCCGUGGAAUGAAGGCUGAGACCCUGAGGUCUGCCAUUCCCAAGGCUCUUGAAGUGUCCCGUGCCCUGACCUUCCAGGUUCUGGCCCAAUGUGGUACCCCUGAAUGUAGUAGUGCCAUCAUGCAGAUCCUCAGGACCUAUGACAGCUCCUCACUUGAAGUCGAUGCCACCAUCUUUGCACUGGGGCUUGUGUCUAAUCCCUCACCCCUUCUGAUCAACGAUAUGCUGGAGAUGGCUCAGUACAAAUCCAGCAAGCCCAUCAUGUAUGCCCUGAGUAAUGUUGUUAAGAGGUUCUACAAGGCUGAAGGGAAACUGAUCCCUGAGAUCCACUCUGUUGCUGAGUUCAUGGCUGCUCAGUUGGGUGACUGCUCCGGAGACAAGGAUCACACUUUCAUGACUUUGAGGGUUAUUGGAAACAUGGCUGCAGCCAUGGGUGGUGCCAGCCCUGCCUUGAGGAUAGCUGUGAUGAAGUGUGUGAACCAGCCAGCUGCUUCCCCAACAGUCCAGCAGGCUGCCAUCCAGGCCUUCAGACUGACUCCUGUUCCUGAGGAGGGCAGAGAGGUUCUCAUGCAGGUUCUUCUGGACAGUGCUAACCCCCUGCAGAAACGUGUUGCUGCAUACCUGAUCCUGAUGAAAGACCCCCAUGCAAGUGAACUGGCUCAGCUCGUGGCUGCCUUGCCUACUGAGCAGGACCAACAGGCAAAGAGCUUUGUCAUCUCCCACAUAACCAACAUCUUGUCUUCAACUGAGCCUGAGACCCAAGAGUUGAGGCAGAAGAUUUUAGCUGCCCUGCAGGAUAAUGAGAUUGGACCUGUCAUGGAUCCCACCAAGUUCUCUCGCAACUACAAGAUUGGCUCAGUGGAAGGCAACAUGAUUUUUGAGGGCACAAACUUCCUGCCCAAGGAGGUUAUGCUUGAGAUGACCCUGAAAGCUUUUGGCUAUGACAUUGAUAUGAUGGAGAUUGGCAUGGAGGGAAAAGGAUUUGAGCCAACUGUUGAAGCCUUGUUUGGAGAGAAUGGAUUCUUCCCUGAUACCACCCUGAAGACCAUGUACUUCAUCUCUGACAACAUGCCCCUUGGGUUUAGUGAGGUCCUGAAGAACAUGCUGCCCACUCUGAAGAAUGACAGACAGAAAAGACAGGCUUCCCAGAGCCUGAUGAGGGAAAUUGGGCGCAACAUUAACAAACUGGUGAGGGAACUAAAGAGCCAGGAGUCUCCUGAGGCUAUGGUUUAUUUGAGAUUGUUAGGAAAUGAGCUGGGAUACCUAAGGACCAAUGACAUGGAGGAGAUGGCCUACUCUGCUGCCAUGAUGAUUGACAGCAUGCUCAAAAUGUUCCCAACUGAUCUGAUGAAAGGAUUGAUGACUAAGACCGACAACAAAAUCUUUGCUCACUACAUUUUCAUGGACAAUGAAUUCUUUCUGCCCACUGCCACUGGUAUACCUCUGAGGAUUGCCUUGUCUGGUACCUUCACGCCUGGUAUCAAGGGAGGACUUAACUUUGCUCGUGACAUGAACGAGGUUACUUUCAUGCCAUCCGCUGGCAUUGAGUUUGUGACUCGGGUGGGUUCCCAUAUCCCUGAAUAUGUCAACUCUGGACUGGAGAUGCACACCAAUCUUUUCCAUGAGAGUGGGCUGACUGCCAAACUCUCCAUUGGAAGCAAUCAUGUCAAGCUGACCAUCCCUCCUCCCAGAAACCCUACCAAGCUUCUCAGUAUCACCAAUAACCUGGUGGCAGUGACUGGUGCAGAAGUAAAGACUAUCCCCCCUGUGGUGAAGGACAAUGUUGAUGUUAAGGCAUGCAGUCCCUUCUUUGCUGGAAUGAAGUAUUGCACUGUUAUGCAGUAUACUGAUGCUUUCUCUCAUGAGACAGCCCCCUACUUCCCUUUCACUGGAGACAGCAAGAUGGCUGUAGAACUCCAUCCUACUGGUGAUGUCACUGACUACACAGCCACCAUUGCCUAUGAACUCCUCAAGGAGGGAGAAGAGGGCCGCCAAAAAGUUGACACGGUAAAGAUGAUCCUGAGAGCUGAAGGUGCAGAGCCAACUGAAGCCACGGCAACUGUAAAAUACAACAGAAGAAAGCAUGUCCUCACCACUGACAUCCAGAUACCUGACUACGAUGUGGAGGCUGGAUUAAGGCUGGGAGUCCUCACCAGCAACACAAAGGGCAAAGCAACUCACUCCAUCUCUCUGGACCUCAUUAACAAGAAUAUUCCUCAGCUCUCUCUGGUUGGCCGUGCCAAUCUGAAGGCCAUGAAGCAAGCUAUGCUGGAAGUCCAGCUUCUUAUCCCCUCCAUCAAGGCUGAUGCCACUGGCACAGCCAACCUGAAGCUUGGUGAGAAAAAGGAAUUGGAGCUCAAGAGUGAUAUCAAGUUCUUGGAGACAACCUCUGAGCAGAAGAUCACAGUGAAAUAUGAUUACAAGAAAAUUGAAGCUGAGAUUGAGUCUGAUGUAGACUCUCAGAUUUUGGACAUCCUUCCACAUAGGGACAUGAUUGGCAAGUAUGUCAAUCAACUUCUUGACAUGCAGGUGGGGGAUACUGACAUAAAGGUCCGUCACAUCCUUACCAAGUCUGUGGAGGAAACAAAUAACUACAUGGAAAAGUACGCUUCAGACAUUCCCUACAUUCAGAACUUCAGAGUUCCAGAUUUACCUGAGAUUUCUCUGCCAGAGAAACUGUUCAUGAAAGUUGAGUCAAAGGCAGUCUACUACUUCAACAAUGAACACUUUACCAUUGCUAUUCCUGUUCCACUUGGAGGAAAGUCAACAGAAGAUCUAAACUUCCCACCUGCCUUGAGCACCCCUCACCUCUCUCUGCCACAGUUUGGUCUUGAGAUUGUCUCCAUGAAGAUUCCCAUCCCUGAGCUUUUUGUCCCUGAGAGCCUUACAGUGUCAGUGCCUCUCUUUGGUAAGGCUGAGGUUUCAGCUGCGAUCAAGAGCAACCUGUAUGACUUGGAGGUCUCGAUGGCUGCUGGAAAAGAUGUUGUAGAGACACCAAGCUACUCAGCCACGUUUGAUGUGAAAGGAACGUCACCAUUGGAUAUCUUCUCAUUCGAGUUUGAUGGCUCUGGCAUGCUGUCCAACUCUGAGUCCAUCAAGGCCCAGUUGAAAAGCUCUUUAGCCCAUAAGUUCCUUGAAGCCAGUAUUACCGUUGUGGAGGAUGGAACCAUCACAGACAAAAUCAGUGUGAAAUCCAGCAGUAAGAUGGAAGCCAAAAGUCCCUUCGGUCUCAAUGUUGCAUUCGAGCAUACUGGCAUGGUUGAUCUCAACACUGAACAAAUCUCUGCUGAUAGCAAUCUAGAGGGAAGAGUCAAAGCUGGACCCAUAUAUGGCAACACCAUUUCUACUCAAUCUUUCACCAUUUUCCCAUUCAAGCCAGAAGCAAAGAUUGAGUCUUCUCUAAAGAUUGACUCCACAAUUGUUCAGGUCCAAAACACCAUUGUAGCAAACUUCUUUAAUGGUGAACUCUCUGUUGUGUCCAAUACAAAUGCUUUUGAAGAUGUCCUGACACACAUUGCUGAGCUUUCCUUCAGAGAACAAAAGCUUUCAAUGAAAUCUGACACAAACACCUUUGCUAUUGGCAUGAAGAUCCGCCAUCAAGCAGAGGCCACUGCUGGCCAAGGUGCAGUCCUCGUCAAGGUGGAGACCAAUGCUGACCACUCUGAAAACCGCAUCUACUCUCUGCUGACUGCCUCCCUGGAUGUCAAUGGUCUGGCUGUAAACAGUGAUGCUGCUAUGAAGCUCCUUCAGAAUGAGGCUACUCACAAGGCUACUCUGACAAUGAACAAAGACGGUUUGGCCACAAGUGGAAAAAACACCCUGAAGAGCCCCCUGACCCUAGAGAACACCUUCAGUGCUGGACUGGAUGCCUCUAAGGCUACUCUGUCCAUUAACAACAAUGCUGCACUUCUUGACAUCAAGGUUGAUAAUGCCAACACUAUGACCAUCACUCCCUCUAAUUUUGACUUCAGAUCGAAAGCUGAAAGUACUUUCACUGAGCAUGCCUCUUACACUCAUGACAUCGCCAUCCACCUGAAGCCCUACACAGCUUCUGCAAAUGUGAAUAACAAUCUGAAGCUUCUGUCUGCUAGCUUUGUUAAUGAAGCUCAGUUGAUGGCAGAGCCCUACAGAAUGGACCUAAUUGGAAGCAUGAAAUCUAUCUAUGGUGAGGAGGAAGUCAAGCAUACUUAUCAGAUCAAUUAUGCGGACUUGACAGCCAGUGCUAAGUGCAGCACCACUGGGAAACUCUUUGGAACUCACAUGAGCCACAACACAGGGCUUGAAAUUGUUGGCCUUGCUGUCAGCAUUACCAAUGAUGCACGCUUCAACUCUCAACCAAUGCGCUUUGACCACACCAUCCGUGCCAGCAUUGUUCCCUUUGACUUCAACUUUGAUGCCAUCUUCAAUGCUGAUGGUGACCUGACCCUGUACGGAAAACACAGUGGACAGCUCUAUGGCAAGUUCCUCCUUAAGGCUCAGCCCCUGGCUUUUGCUACCUCACAUGAGUACAGAGGCUCAGUGACCCAGCAGCUCAACAAUGGAUUCUCCCUGGAGACCACAAUGGACAACAAGAUGGACACACUGCUGACUCCUCAGGAACAAAAGACCAAUUUUAGAAUGAAGUAUAAAAUGAACAACCAUGCCUUCAAUCAAGACAUAAGUGUUUACAACACUGCCAAGAUAACGGGAAUGGAGGUUUCUGGCACCGUCCUCACAAACAUAAUCAAUACAGCGUCUAGUGAAAACCAGGAAUUUACCAUCUCUGGCUUCCUCAAGUAUGAUAAGAACACAAACAAUCAUAUAUUGCAGAUUCCUUUGAUUGGACAUUUCCCUGCCUUCCUGGAAAGCAUCAAAAUCACUGUUGUGAGCAUGGCAGAGGCAUUGCACAGUUACAUAAAUGAUGAGGAGGUUAAGGCUAAACUUGAGGCUCUGCCCCAGCAUGUGAGUGAAUUUGUGACCCAACUGAACAUCAAAGGGAAAGUAGCUACCAUCUCUGAAACUGUCACUGAGAAGUUCUCUCAAGGGAUGAGUGCCAUUAAUGAGAAGAUUUACAUCAAGAGAUUAAUGGUUAUAAUGAUAGAUGCCAUCAAUGGCCUGAUCGAGCAGAUUGACCUGGAAAAAGUAAAGGGUAGCAGUUUUGCUUUCCUUUAUGAAAUUGAUACCAUGUUUAAUAUUAAGUCUGAAAUUCAGAAGUUCAUGUGGAACUUGAAACAGUUCAUUCAGAACUUUGAGAUUUCCCAAUUCAUUGCUGAGGUGAAGAGCUUAAUUUCUUCAAUUAACCUGGAAGGUUACAUUGAAGAUCUCAUGGUCCUUAACAGGGAAUUUGUCGAUGAUACAAUUAGCAUCUUCAUGGAAAUGAAUGAGUAUUUUGGCAUCCCUGAUAAAUACAACACAUUUUAUUCUGAAGUAUGGGGGCUGAUUGUCAAAUUUGAGGUUGACAAGAAAGUUGAGGCUAUCUUGGAAAAGGCUCUGAUGCUCAUCAAGCAGUUCAAAAUUGAGGAAACUAUAAAGGCUAUGGCAAACAGUUUCAAGGCCUUGGACAUCCCUUCCAAAUUCAUGCAAGCCAUGGAAGACACUAUCCACUACCUGAAAGCAACUGAGUUCAAGCUUGUGAUUGAGCAACUGAAUGUGUAUCUUGAUACUGUUGUCCAGGAGUUGAAGACAUUUGACUAUAACACCUUUGUGCGUCAAACCAAUCAAAUGAUUGCAAAGUACACCACUAACAUAAAUGAGUUGAUUAUAGCACUUGAAGUCCCCCAGAAAAUUGAGGCCACUAGAGAUUUUAUCAACUUAGUCUUAUCCUCUUUUAGGGAUUUCAUGGAGCAACUGAGAGAAAUUAGAAUAGCAGAAAUUAUUAAAACCAUGAAGGAAAUUUUCGACAGUGUCCUGCUUAAUGACCUCAAGAAAUUUACAGAAACUAUGAAAAAGGAUCUUCAGCCUGAUAUUACCUUUUACUUAAAGCAGUUGAGUACGUGCUACACAAAGGCCAUGAACACCAUUGAUAAUAUUGUCACCAUUACGUUUGAGGUCAUUCAGAGGGUGACUGCUGAGCAAAAGAUCAUCGGUGAGGUUAAACAGAUUAUUGAGGGGCUAAUUACUGCACUGAAGUCAGCUGAAUUGGACAUACCAUCUUUUACAUUCCCCUUUACUGACCUUGUUGUGCGCCCCAUGAAGCUCAGAAUGGAUCAACUUCAGAAAAUGGAAAUUCCAACUCAGCUGGACAUCCCUGAGUUUACCAUCUUGGGCUUCCAUACUGUGACGGCAACCACCAUCUCCACUGAUGAUAUCAAGCAGAGAAUCACUGAAUUAAUUGAUUUCAUUGUCAAUUUUGAGAUCAAGAUGCUUGACAUCGAUGCUUUCUUUGGAGACCUGAAUUUGAACUACCUUCCUGUUAUGCCUGAGAUAACCAUCCCAGAGAUCAACUUUUCUGAGUUCUCGUUCCCUACCAUUCCUCAGGUCCCUGUUGAAAAUCUUUUUAAGACUCUUCAGAUCCCUGAGAUCAAGCUGCCAACCAUCCAAAGUGAGAUCAUGGUCCCAUGUUUUGGCAAACUCUAUGGUGGGAUGAGAUUCUUCACUCCCAUCUAUACUUUCAAAGUCUCUGGUGAAUUCAAGAACUCUACAGCAAAUGAAAUGAACCCCCAGUUCAAUGGACUCUUGACCUUUGAGGGUACAUCUCCUAUGUCUGCGAUGCUUGAUUACAAUCUGGACUCUACCAUUCAAAUUGCAGUUCCCAAGAAUCGCCGCAUUGUAUUUACUGAGACCCUAAAGCUCAACCAUCAAAUUCUUGGAAUAGACCAUAGUGCAUCAUCAUCACUCUAUGGUAGAUCAGCCCAGGCCCAAUCAUUGACAACAAUGAAGGUGACUACUGAAGCUUACACUGCCAAUAUUGUGAACAAAGCCUUUAUUGCUAUGGAGGGUGGGGUUUCUGCCUCUCUUGAGACGACUUACAAUCACAACGUUAACCUCCCAAUAAUUGAUUUUUCCAGUGUUGCAGAUCUAAAGCAGGCAGCCAUUCUUCGUCAGGAGGGCACCAACAUCCACAUCACAGUUGAAAAUGUAGGCACAGCCAACUUUAAUGCUGAAGUGGGAAGCUAUAAGAGCAAUCUUCUUUUAAAUAUUGAUCCUAAUCUUGUCAAGCUGACAUUUUCUGCUGACACAGACUCUACUGUUAUAAAGAUGAAGCAGCAAAUGAGUGCUGAAUCUGCCUUCCUUGGCUCCUUUAAGUUUGAUGCCCGCAUUGAGGCAGAUGGCCCAGCAAUAAAGGACAGUCUUAUUGUGGCAUCUGGAUAUGCCAGCCUUUAUGAUUUGAAGAUUGAGAUCAGGGCAGAUCAUUAUACAGAGCUAUAUGGUCCUGUCAGUGGAGUCCUCUCCAACACAAUUAAUACUGUUGUCCGUCCCACUGAGUUUGUUUUGGACUUUCAAAAUAAGGGCAGCACAAAGGUUAAACUCCUUGAUGUUUUCAUUGCCAAGAUUGAUCUUCAGAAUGACUACUCAGUAAUCCUCAAACCUCAAACCCAGCAGAUCAACACAGUAGCUUUAGCCCGUCUCAAUCAGUACAAAGUCUUCUACAAUGUCACUGUUGACAACAAUGAAAAGGAGGCUGGCAUCUUUGUACAAGUAGAUGGAGAGGCUAAUCUUGACUUCCUAGAUAACCCCAUUAGUAUCCCUGAGAUUGAUCUUUCUUUUAUUAGUUGGAGUACCCCAGCCAUCAAUGAUCUGAACUUAUACGAGGACACUGGAUUGAAGCACAUCUUGACUACAACUGAGCAAACUGUCAAUGCUGAUGCCAAGAUUGUGUACCAAAAGAGCAAGAACUCCCCCCUUGUUGAUGUGAUGAAUCUGAUCCAGAUUCCUUCUCUGGGUAACCUGAUCACAGAGCUGUCUUUCAAGUCUGCCAUCAUCAAUGUGAAUGUCAAUGCUGGACUGUACGCUGAGGAUGAUCUCGUGUUCCGUCUGGGAGCAAACACAGCCUCUGUGUUCGAGGCCCUGAAGGUAAAACUUGACGGCACCACCAGUCUGACCACCAAGAGAGGAAUCAAGUUGGCCAAUUCCCUGUCCCUGGAGAAUCGUCACAUUGAGGGCACUCAUGACAGCACCGUCAGUGUAAGCACUGAAACUUUUGAAACAGCUGUUUCUGUAGCUACAGCUGCCAAGAUCACUCUACCUAUCCUCAACAUGGAAGUAAACCAGAACCUUGCUGCAGACACAAAAUCCAAAGCAAACACUGUCUCCACUUUCAAGCUGAAGGGUAAUUUCAAUGUGCCCAUGAUCAAGGCUGUUGGAAAAGUAGAGACAGAUCACAGCCUGAAGCUGGAGGGAACUCUAGAGUAUGUAACUAUGGAAUCAACCACUAAAGCAAACACUGAUGGUAGAGUGCUUGAGAACUAUCUGAUUUUGGGAGUCCUGGACAAUGAAGUUAAUCUGUACUUGAAUAAUGAUGGCCUGCGUUCAACAUCAAAGGUAAUUUCUGAUGUCAAACUCCACCAUGGUUCCUCCAAGGUCUUAAGCAUGGAUAUGAAUGAGAACCUGGCUCUUGAGGCUUCCAUGAGCCGUGUGUAUGGACUGCUGAAGUUUACAGGCAACAAUGAAGCUAACAUUUUCAACUUCAACACCAAGGGAAAGCAUGUUGCACAGGCUACUGUUGAUAUUGCACCAACAUUGCUGACUGCUGAUGUUCAGAUUGAUAUGUCUCAGCCAAGCGACCUGGGAGACCUCAUUGUAUUUGAGAAGGCAAUAGUUGAACUGACACUUCCCAAGCAGAAGAUCUCUUUUGAUGGAAAGAUUGUCACCGCAGUGUACGCCACAAACCUAAAAGCUGAAGUGCAGGGUGAUUCCUUUGUCCUCAAAGCAGCCCUCAAGUCUUCUGCUACCUCUCCCAUUGUCUUCCUGGAAUAUGACAUGGAUGCUUCUACAACUGCAAACUUUGAGAAUGAAGCUCUGAACAUGAUAAGCAAGGUUGUCCUGACUCACACUGACCUGACAAUGGAUGUCCACCAUGUCAUUACCCAGGCAUUGGGUACGUUUCGUCACACCCUGAAUGUGGACAUCACUAGCCCUACUUUCACUGAUGUUAACUUCCGAUAUGCUGCUCGUGGAGAUGGAAUCAGCGCCUCUGUAUCCAUUCCAUCUAGUGGCUUCCUAGGUCUUCAGUUCCGUGGCAGGGUCCCAUCUCAGAUGAGCGCCAGAAUCUAUAGCCGUUAUGUUUCUGCCCCUGAGGAAGAUGUUGAUGUUUUGGUCAUCAGAGCCUCUCCUAAGGAUGCAGAUAAGGUGAACCUACGAAUUGCCUACAACAUGGAGGCACCAAAAGACCUGCUGUUUGGACUCAAGGAGAGGCUUCCCUCUAUAAUGUCAACAUUUGCUAAUUUUGCUGACAAGUACAAGGUCACAAGACAAGUGGAGGAGCUGCGGAACACAGUUGUCAACCUAGUUAGAGAGGCCUAUACUAAUGCCAUCAACUACGAUAUCCAAAUGAGCCAGCUAUCCAUCUUCUUUAGAAAUUUCAUUAUCCAGUACCAGAAGACUGUUCAGGUCUUCCUGGACGCUGUCGUCAAGGUCCUGAGGGAUACCAAGUUCAUGCUGCCAGGCUCUCAGGAGAUGACCACUCUUCCUGAGGUUCUCAAGAAGCUGACCAGCAGCAUUGUUGCUAUGUUCGAAAAGGCCUUCCAAAUUGUUUGUGACAACACAGAGGUCUAUUUCAACUAUUUCACUGAAAUGAUAAGCAAUAUCAAAAUACAAAUGCCAGGAUAUGAUAUGGUUACAGCAGGUCAGGUCUUGGAUCAGAUGAAAACAUCUUCCAAGAACAUUUUGAAUACAGUUGUAGACCUUGUGAAAAAGAUGGAGAGCCUUGACAUGAUGCUAGUGAAGCUGGGUGAGACCCUGAAGGAUAUGGUUGAGAUAUCUCAGGAUUUUGUUGACUCUAUCAAGUCCGACUACUUGGAUGCAGUGUUCAUCAAUAUUAACGUCCUCCAUCGCAACCUUCUCACCAUCUUAAAUAAUAUCUUUGACCAGAUGUCUGCACUGAACAUGGAGCAGCUAUACAACACCAUUGAAUACAUCACAGACAUGCUCAUUUCUGUGGUGAGCCAGUUCAACAACACUAUUUCUGGUUUUCUGCAUCAGGCUUCUGAGGAUGUCCAACCUUACAUGAAAAUGAUUGAUGGAAGACUUGAAUUUGACCUUCCUUUUGCCUUCCAACAGUGAGAGACCUUCAAAGACUCAGAAUUAACUCUAAAUAUAAAACACAACCAUCUGUUUAAAAAAAAACAUGCAUGGAAGGAAUAUGGACAAUGAGUUAAAAAGUGUUAUGACAUUUAUUUAUAAAAUUUAGUUUAACAUUAACACCUCAUCAACCAGGUAUUGUUAUAUCCUCAUAAUGUAAAUGGUUUAUUGUAUACCGGUAUUUAAAUUGGAAUGCUUUACUGAGUUCCACUUCAAUUUGUUUUUAAUUAAAUGCUCCUCAAACAUUGUCAAUAAACGCAAGUUAUGCAAUACUUAAUUAUA